GUCUGCUGCCCCCGCGACCCGGUCCCGGAUAAGCGGAAGACGACGAGUACGAGAAGAGAUUACAGCUCAUCUUCACAGCUUCACCCAUUGACAACGAUGGCAAACACAAUCAAAUAUGAGGAACUGAAAGCUCUUCUUGCAAACAACAAGGGUCUGAUUCUGAUUGAUGUCCGCUCUGAAGAGGAGGUAGAUAGAGGACGUAUCCCUGGUUCCAUUCACAUUCCCUUCCAAACAGUAGACGCUGCUCUUCGCAUGGAGCCAGAUGACUUCAAAGCCAAAUAUGGAGUAGGGAAGCCAGCUCCUGGUUCUGAGCUGGUGUUUUACUGCCAGGCCGGCAGGCGGGGGGAGGUGGCCACAAGGAGAGCACAAGAACAAGGACAUAUUAAUGCACGUAAUUAUGCCGGAGCCUACAGUGAAUGGUCAAGAAGACAAAAGAACUGAUUCCUUCUUUAAAAGAAGCCUCACAUUGUGCGUUAUAUUUAUAUAUAUAUAUAUAUAUAUAUAUAUAUAUAUAUAUAUAUUGCAAAAAGUUAUCAAAGAAAAUGGAUAGACAAUUUUGUUGGUUCACAUAGAAUAUAGCAACAAAAAUGUGAAGUCUGAAUUCAUUACACACAUUAAAUUAAGAUAAAAUAAAUUGUGCUGUUUACUCUUAAAGGUGUCCAUGUGAGAUUAUUAGACUGGUUUAAUUAGAAAAGACUUUCAAUAUUGCACAAUAUUGUAAUUAAGCUCAUUAUUGCAUCAAAUGUACCAUCUAUAUGCUUGUUUUAAUUGCUAUGUAUUUACAUGAAACUGUAAAGUGGGCAAAGAGGGUCAUAUUCGUCUUCUCCGGUGCUUAUAAACACUGACCUUCAGUAAAUACAGUAGUUUGACAACCACAAAGUUGUAACUUAUUGGGAUUUUACAUGAUAGAUCAACACAAAGCAGCACUAUUGUGAAGUGAAAAGAAAAGUACAGUGGAUGGCUUUCAAAAUCUUUCCGAAGAUUCUCAGCUGUAUUUAGGCCUAGACUUUGCACUAUUCAAACACAUGCAUGUGAUUUGAUCUAAACUAGUGUUGGUCAACUCUUGAACCUCAAGAACCUGUUUUCUGUAUGUUUUAAAUGUGUCUCUGCUCCAACACAGACAAUUAAAAGGGCUGAAGUACUUCCUCAGCAUGUCAUGUGGCAAGAGAUGCCACUGAACCAUUAAAUAAAUCCAGGAGUGUUGGACCAGAGAAACAUUAAAAACAUGCAAGACACUGGCUGUUGAAGAAUGGAGUUCACCAUCCUUGAUAAACGGUAUCAUUGUCGAGUUAACUGUAUGUGAAGAGUCGUUUUCCUGCUGGAAAGUGAACAUCCACCCCGGUUUCAAAGUCUUUUGCAAUCUCUAAAAGGUUUUCUUCCAUGAUCCCUGAUGUCACACAUAACCUUUUGCAUAUAGCCAAAAAAAGUCUCAUUUGACCAGAGCACCUAGCUCCACGUGUCCUGCUAUAUGGCUUGUGAUAAACUGCAUUUGCAACAACUAUUUUUAUCUUUCUUUUAACAAUUGCUAUCUUCUUGACAUUCUUCCAUCCCGGCCAGAUUUGUAUAUAAUAGUUGCUCUGUUGACAGAUUAUCCUACAGAUCAUCUCUGCAGCUCCUCCAGAGUUACCAGUGGUGUCUGAGGAUUUCACAGAACAGCUGAGUUGUUUGUUAGAUUAAACUACACACAAAUGGACUGUAUUUACUAAACUGCACUGAAUUUAGUGACAUAAGAGUUUUGUUUCUUUCUUUUUUUUUUUUUUGUUAAACAAUUGGUCAAAAUGUCAAAAACGUUAAAGGAGUUUGAAUACUUUUACAAGGCAAUGUACUGCUGACCAAAUUUAUGAGUAGCUAAAGUUAAAUCUUAGUCUUUGAAAGUAGUUUACUGAACUUACUGAACGUUUUUAUUCAAUGUGAAAUCCAUAUUAAAUAUAACAAAUAGAGAAACAUAAUAACGUUAUCUACAGUACCAUAGUCACAUUGAUUCAAACGCUGCGUCCAGACUUCCUUAAGUAAGCAGAUAAAAGGAAAAGAAGGUGUUAAAUGUAUUACUACUCAAUAAAAGAAAUGAUAAGGCAUCA